GCUGCGUACAGGUUGUACUUCACCCACAUCCGCAUUCAUGGCCAAAGUUCCACGUAACUUCCGCCUGCUCGAAGAGCUCGAGAAAGGCGAGAAGGGAAUCGGUGACGGCUCCUGCUCGUAUGGUCUCGAGGACAACGGCGAUGAUAUGACGAUGUCCGAUUGGAAUGGCACGAUCAUUGGUCCUGGACACACCGUACACGAGAAUCGCAUCUACAGCCUGAAGAUCUACUGUGGACCGGAAUAUCCGGAUCGCCCGCCGACGAUCCAGUUUUUAUCUCGAGUGAACUUGCCGUUCGUCAACCAGACCGAUGGCAAGGUUGAUCCAUCGAAACUCCCGGUGCUCGCGCAUUGGAACAGGAACAACAGUAUCGAAACCGUACUAGUGGAGAUCAGGAGGGAAAUGGCUGGCCCCAGCAACAGAAAGCUUCCUCAACCCCCGGAAGGCAGCACAUUCUGAUGGCCGCUAGAAUGAAUCGUGUUUCCGGUGUUCUUUGCUCUGCAAUGGAUCGAAAGCGAAUACCUGUACUAAAGGAAUGUAUUACGUAGCAAUCACCAAUGCACUUCAGAAUUACGUCGACGUUGUGCAGGCCCAUCCGUGCUUGACAAG